UGUCCCUCGGACACAGCGGAUAGCGGAAAGAGCCGAAGAUUUCGGCUCGGUCAUGUGAUCAGCUGUGUCCAAUCACAGCUGAUCACAUGACAUGUACACUGAUCAUCAGGGCACUGAUGAUCAGUGUGCCCUGAUGAUCAGUGUGGCCCCAGAAGUGCCACCUGUCAGUGCUCAUCAGUGCCACGUGCCAGUGCCCAUCAGUGCCACAUAUCAGUGCAUACCAGUGCACAUCAAUACUACAUAUCAGUGCCCAUCUGAGCUGCCUUUCAAUGUCACCCAUCAGUACCAGUCAGUGCCACCUAUCAAUGCCAAUCAGUGCCACCUAUCAGUGCCACCUAGCAGUGUCAGUCAGUAUCGCCUAUCAGUG